AACUGGUAGUGAACAAGAAACACACUUUCAUUCGUUGUACGAAAGUCUUCGCAUAUCGACUUACAAACAGCGUGGAAGGCUUUAGAAUAGUGGCAUUUUUUUAAAAAACUUCUCUCUCAUUAUUUUUGUUUUCUUUUUUAAUUACCUUUUUCUCUGCAAUGAUUCCAUUCGUGUGGAUUGACCGUUAAUCAAAAUGUGUAAAAGUGUGAAAAAAAUGUGCAUUAUUUAAAUAUAAGAAAAAAAAAUACGAUUAUUGUACUAUUUUAAUAGCCGCGCAUCAAAGCUUGUUUCUUGUGUCAUAUAAUAUUAAGUGUUAGCAGUUAAAACAGCAAAAAUGGUUUUCUUCGGUCGAAAGGAAAAAAUGGAUGAUCGACGAUUAUUGGCGAGUAUGGAUGCUGUGAAUGGAGCCAAAGUUCAUCACUUUGAGAAUGCUGCCUUCAUGCACGUUCGGGACAAUAUUGAAGAACUUGGAAAAGUUGCAGAUGAAACAAAUCUCCUAUUUCUUAAAGGCCUUCUAGAUGAUCCAGUGGUUGAAUCAUUAGUUAGGGUCCAGGAACGAUUGGAAGAUCCUCCAGCACCUCUAGAGCCAAUUUGCUCUGAUAUUUGUGACAUUGUUGAUGAGAUUCGCCACAAAUAUUUAUAUUCAUAUAAGCCAAACGAGAGGGAAUUGAAUGCUCUAUUGAAAAAUUUACACCUGAAAGCUCUUUUAGAGACACACGACGCAAUAGCGAAACUUCGCGAUUCACCGCAAAGUCCAAAUCCACGAUUUUCAAUUAUGCCGGCUGACGAAAGAACGGAAGCUGUCCGAAUGGUUGGACUGAGAAGACAGCCCGAUGAACCAUUGGGCUUAACAGUUCAAGUAGAUGAGUCUGGAAAUUUAAUAAUCGCUAGGAUAUUGGGUGGAAGUACAGCGGCAAAACAAGGUCUUCUAAGGAUAGGUGAAGUUAUUCUGGAAGUCAAUGGAAAAGGAGUUCAUACACCAGAUGAGCUUCAACAGGCGAUAAUAGAAGCCAAUGACAAUCUCUCACUUAAAUUGGCUCCCGGAAUAGCGACAGAAGGAAAUAAACCCGCAAGAUCAACAUGCUACAUGAGGGCCUUGUUCGACUAUUAUCCACAGGAAGAUACGUUACUUCCUUGUAUGGAAAUUGGACUCGCUUUUCAGAAAGGUGAUAUACUUCAAAUAGUGGAUCAAGCCGAUCCAAAUUGGUGGCAAGCACGAAGGGUCGAAGGUGAAGGUCUAGGAUCUCCGGGACUGAUUCCUUCGCUUGAGCUUGAAGAGAGGCGAAAAGCAUUUGUACCGCCGGAAGCAGAUUUCGUCCACAAAAUUAGUAUUUGUGGUACAAGAAUUUCCAAGAAGAAAAAACGCAAGAUGUACGAAUCGAAAGCCAAUGGGGAAUUCGAUGGAGCUGAAUUGCUUCUCUAUGAGGAAGUUGCGAGAAUGCCGCCAUUCAGGCGUAAAACUCUCGCUCUAGUCGGACCUCGUGGUGUUGGAAGAAGAACCUUGAAAAAUAGGCUAAUCAACAGUGAUCCCGACAAGUUUGGCACAAUUGUACCUUACACAUCUCGGCAACCUCGUGUCCUAGAGGAAAGUGGCAAAAGCUAUUGGUUCACUGAUCGAGAGGGGAUGGAGACUGACAUUAGAGAACACAGAUAUCUUGAGCAUGGAGAGCACGGUGGUCAUUUGUAUGGGACAAAGUUAGAUUCAGUGAGAGAUUUAAUUAGAGCAGGAAAAAUGUGCAUUCUGGAUUGUAGUCCAGCUGCUUUAAAAAUUCUUCACAACAGUACAGAAUUUAUGCCAUACGUUAUAUUCAUUGCUGCUCCGGGUAUGGAACAACUUAAAAGUUUAUACGAUCUUGGAAGAUCAACAGGAGCCAGCAAUCGUAAUUUGACGUUCGACCGACAGAGCUCCAUCAGGUACAGUUCCAGGAGAGCGAGAACAUUGGAAUCACUUGCGUCAUUAUACGAGGAAGAUGAUUUGAAAUCGACACUGGAAGAAUCAGCUGCCUUACAAAGAGCUUAUGAAAAAUACAUUGACCUAGUUAUCGUGAACGAAGACUUUGAUAACACGUUCCGACAAGUUAUUGAUGCUUUAAAUACCUUAGCAACCGAACACCAAUGGGUUCCUGUAAACUGGAUCUAUUAACUCUUCAAAAUAUCUGCCAGAUAUAGUAAUAAUGUCACGUGAAAAUUUAUAAAAAAUAUUAGUUCAGUAAAUUUAAAAAGGAAAGAGGAAACACUUUUACAAAUAAACAAGAAAUUAAUCACGCCACUCAUAUAUAUUUGUAAAAUAAUCAAUGCGAAAGAGAGCAUAAUAUUCAAAAAGCUUCAAACUUUAAAAGGGACUUUAACAUUUAUUAUUUUCUAUUUUUUUUUGGCAAGAAAGACAGUUGGAUUUUUUGUUAAUGUUUUAGCGAGUACAAGAGUAGCAUUUACGUUAGUUUGUUAGUUCUUUUUUAUUAUCAACCCGUUUAUCAUGAAGAAGAAAAAUCAAUGCAGAUAGAAAAUAUUUUUCAACUUAUUUAAAAAAAUUAGGCAUUAAAAGAAAUCAAAAUUAUUCAAUAAAAUUUUGGAAAUUCUACAACAAAGAUUCGUUAAAAACAAAAACCAAGAAAAAGAGAGACUUUCAAAAAAUAAAAAUAUAAACGGGUUGUGAGCAUUAGACGGCCGUCCAAUUAUUUUGUAAGAUGUUUUUAAAUGUUUAUUUAAUAUGUUUUUUUAGCUGUUCAAACAGCAGUUUUUAACUUGAGAUUUUUAUUUUUUUUUCUUCUAUUUGUUCACACUAUUUUUGGCACCUAGUGCCAUAAGUUGUGAAGCCUUUAUAUUAUUAUAGGACAUCCCAAAAAUUUAUUCCAAAAGAGGAAAUAAAAUUUGCUAAUUACAUGAUUUUCUAUGAAAAAUGCAUAUUUAUGCAAAAACAAAACAAAAACAAUAAAUACAAAAAAGAAAAAUGUAAACGGAAAAAUUAAAUAUUGUAUACGUAUUUGUAAAUUGUACAAUCUGUACAUCGAUACGAGAUGUGAUCUCGCUUUAAUGAGUGAUACACCAGAGCGAAUAAAGUUUAUGAAACAUUUGUUACGAA